CACCCCCACCCUACCCCCUCUCUCCGCCCCCAAUCCCGAUCUCCCUCCCCCCCUCUCGCCCCUCUCAUGCAUGAGAGGUCGCCGGGGCCAUCGCUAGCCGCCACGCGCCUCCCCUCCCCCGCCUCCCUGCUCCUGCUCCUGCUCCUCUCGCUGUCCCUGCUCGCCGGGCGGUCGCACGGCUGGUGGUGCCGCGAGGACGACGAGGGGUGCUCCCUGAUGGGGUUCAGGGGCGACGACUUGCCGGUCACCGGUGGCGGUAUCAGUGAAAAAGGCAGGUUCAGUUAUGGGUUUGCAAGCUGUGCUGGGAAAAGGGCAUCUAUGGAGGAUUUCUACGAGACAAGAGUGGAUGAUGUUGAUGGAGAGACUGUUGGGUUGUUUGGCGUAUUUGAUGGUCACGGCGGAGCUCGAGCAGCUGAAUAUGUGAAGAAGCACCUUUUCAGCAAUUUAAUCAAGCAUCCGAAAUUCAUGACAGAUACAAAGGCUGCUAUUGCUGAAACAUUCAAUCAUACCGAUUCAGAGUUCCUGAAAGCUGAUAGUAGCCACACCAGAGAUGCUGGCUCAACUGCCUCAACAGCUAUUCUUGUCGGUGGUCGCUUGGUGGUUGCAAAUGUUGGUGAUUCUAGAGCUGUUGUUUCUAAAGGAGGGAAGGCUAUUGCGGUUUCCAGGGAUCACAAACCUGACCAGACAGACGAGAGACAGAGAAUUGAGGAAGCUGGAGGCUUUGUGAUGUGGGCUGGGACAUGGCGUGUUGGUGGUGUUCUUGCUGUUUCUCGAGCAUUUGGUGACAAACUUUUAAAGCAGUAUGUUGUCGCUGAUCCAGAGAUCAAGGAGGAGGUAGUUGACAGCUCACUUGAAUUCCUUAUCCUUGCUAGUGAUGGGCUAUGGGAUGUUGUAACUAACGAUGAAGCUGUUGCCAUGGUCAAGCCAAUAGAAGAUCCUGAGCAAGCGGCGAAGGGACUACUUCAAGAAGCUUCUCAAAGGGGCAGUGCUGACAACAUCACUGUCGUCAUUGUUCGCUUCUUGGACGGAACGACGACGUCUGCCGGAGAUGGACCAAGUGAGGAGGUCGCCAAGGACCAAAGUGAGGAGGCCGCCAAGGACCAAUCUUCAUAGUUCUUGUUCCUCCACGGCGUUGUAUCCGCUGUUGUAUCUGAUGCUCGAAGUAGAUGUCAUGUGGCGGCGCCCUCCCGUGCUGCGAAACCAAACUGACUUGGCCUGAGUUUCGUCGUUGUUCCAUGCUCCCGGCUAUCCUAGAUGGUAGGUAAUGUCGGAACACAGGGGGAUGGUGAGGCAGUGUUGUUACCAUAUGAUCCAAGGGGUACUUUUUCUUUCUUCAUGCUGAACCUUGUACUGUGUAGCUUCUAUGCUGGUGUUUCAUGCUAGUGAUUUUUAGCAGUAAAUGCAUGUAACCUGACUAUUUGAAUGAUUUGAACAAAGUUGUGCUCAUGGUGUCA